AUGAUACCUCGCACAUCUGCUCGCAGGCUAGAGACGACUUUGCUGUCGUACUCAAGACAGCGUCUGCCGAGACCCCACCGUCUCUACUCCACUCCAUCAAAGAAAAGCAGCGCACCCGCCUCCGCGUUCGCUCAGGUGCAAGUUCCCCGUCCAAACUUCCCCUCCUAUUUGUACAGGGACCCUAUGGUGGGAGACAUUGGCGGAAGUGGUAGUGGUAGCAGCGCCGUCAAUGACAUGCAGGGAUUUUUGAACCGCGGAACACGUUACACCAUUUUACCGUCACCACUUCCAGAUGACAGGGCAUCGCCGUUGAACAACUUCCUGUUUACUGACUCACCCACUCAAGAUCAACUCGCCGUGAUGCAUGCGUGCUUGCACAAUCUGUACGAUGUCCCUCGUGCGAAACAGGUCUUUGAGCGGUUACGAAGGUCU